AUGGAUCCACAAAACCCUCAAGCUGCUCAGGGUCGAUCAAGACCUGUAUAUGACCCAAGUCUGGGCGGUCAUUAUGGUGCCAGCGCCGCACUUGCUACUCAAGGCUUCGCCCCCAGCGAACUUUACACCGGUCCUUGGGCAAAUGCUCAUCAGGGUCUUACUGGCCAGUACAAGGACAUCUUGACGACCUACUGGCAGCAUACCAUCUCACACCUUGAAAAUGAUGCCCAUGACUACAAAAUCCACCAGCUACCUCUUGCCCGCAUCAAGAAGGUCAUGAAAGCUGACCCAGAGGUCAAGAUGAUUUCCGCUGAGGCACCCAUCCUCUUCGCUAAGGGCUGUGACAUCUUCAUCACAGAAUUGACCAUGCGCGCCUGGAUACACGCAGAAGAGAACAAGCGAAGGACAUUGCAACGCAGCGACAUUGCUUCUGCAUUGGCUAAAUCCGACAUGUUCGAUUUCCUCAUCGAUAUUGUCCCCCGAGAAGAGGCUUCGUCUCAUGCCAAGCGCACGACUCAAACUGCCGCUGCACAACCAGUACCAGCCGGUCAGCCCAUGCCAGCACAGCACGCCAUGGCCCAGGCGCCCAACCAAGCUCAUCCUAUGGGUGCAGAAUACAUGGCCGGCCAUGGUCUCGCGCCUGAGCAAGAUUACCGGAACCAGCCCAACAUGUAUCCAGGAGAGUCGGUGCCCAACCCAGGGCCUGCUUAUGGACAGAACCAACCGCCGCCUAACAUGAAUCCCUAUGCAAACAUAGGUGAGAUGUACGGGUAUUCUACCAUGCCACCACAACAGGGCAACAUGAACAACGAAGAGUUUGAACAGUAG